AUGUCUUCUUCCUCCGUUACAAUAUGCCUUGGAAGCCAAUGGGGCGACGAGGGCAAGGGUAAGCUGACGGAUAUUCUUUGCGCUGAGGCCCAAAUCUGUGCCCGUGCCGCUGGCGGUCACAAUGCAGGACACUCUAUUAAGGCUAAGGGAAUAUCUUAUGACUUUCACCUGCUCCCGUCCGGUCUCGUUUCGCCUAAAUGUAUCAAUCUGAUCGGAUCUGCUGUCGUCUUCCACGUUCCCUCUUUCUUCAAGGAACUUGCCGACAUAGAGGCGAAAGGCAUCAAAGAUGCCAGUCAACGCCUCUUCGUCUCCGACCGAUGCCACAUCAACUUCGAUUUGCAUGCUGCCGUUGAUGGGCUUGAAGAAAUCGAAUUAGGUUCUAAUGCGGUCGGUACUACGAAGCGAGGAAUCGGUCCCUGUUACAGCACCAAGGCAGCACGAAGCGGUAUACGUAUUGCGGAGAUGUACAACGUGGAGCUCUUCGAACGCAAACUGCGACAGCUAGCUGCCGGAUAUAAAAAGCGUUACGGUGAUCUUUUGAAAUAUAACGUUGAAGAGGAGAUUGAACGCUUUAAGGAGUAUCGCGUCAAGCUCGCUAGCUACGUCAUUGACGCUGUUGCCUUCAUGAAGGAUGCUCAGGAUAAGAACGCCAAGAUAUUUGUCGAGGGUAGCCAAGCCCUGAUGCUCGAUUUAGACUACGGUACUUAUCCUUAUGUCACCAGCUCCAACACAUGUCUAGGUGGUAUUAUAUCAGGCCUCGCGCUUAAGCGAAGAAAUAUUAAGGAAGUCAUCGGUGUUGUUAAGGCUUACACCACCAGGGUUGGUUCCGGAAAUUUCCCAACCGAAGAUACCGGUGAUGUUGGUUCAAAGCUUCAGCAAUUAGGUGGUGAAAUUGGCGUCUCCACGGGCCGGAAGCGAAGAUGCGGCUGGCUGGAUCUUGUUGUCUUGAAAUACUCUUGUGCAGUCAAUGACUAUGACUCGCUGCAAUUGAGUAAACUUGAUGUCCUAGACACGUUCGAUAAGAUCAAGGUGGCAAUCGCAUAUAAAAACAAGAAGACCGGGGAAGAGUUGCCUUCAUUCCCCGCUGACUUGUCAGCCCUUGACGAUAUCGAAGUUGUAUAUCACGAACUCCCUGGUUGGAACACUAGCAUUACGAAGAUACGUGAGUGGUCAGGACUUCCUAAGGAGGCACGAGAUUACAUCGAGUACAUCGAGAACUUCCUCCAAACCAAGAUUAAAUGGAUCGGCACUGGUCCUGAUCGUGAGGACAUGAUCUAUCGUCCUUAA